CCCCCCUGUGGGAGUUUUCUUAUACAAUGCUGCUGUUUCUCACAUGCCGGCUUUCUCACACUGCGUGAUCCCUGUGUUUAAAUCCCAGAUAUGAAGGUGUUCUUCAGCUGUGACUUAGCAAGGCCAGUUUACUGGAAAUUCUCUUGGCAGCAUCCAUGAGAAGUCAGACACUGAGAAAUGGGGAAGAAGGAAGCGCAGAGUGCUGGGGUUCAUCGGUAAAUGAGCAGAGAAAUGGAACAUUUAACAAGAGAAAAGGUGGCCAAAGUAGCAACGCAGAAAGAGAACGCUUAGAUAUGGAAGGGAAAGUCAGCAGCUUGGUCUGUAUCAAAAGAUAAAGAUGGCACUUUCCCAAGUAAAUUGAAGCACCGGCUCCUUUACAUCAACCUGAAAUGUUUGCUCAGCGUGCUCAAUGUUGGGACAUAGAAAUAAAUGCAGGCUCUUGCUCUCAAGGGAAUAUCUCAAGUGUGUAAUGAUGCCAAACCCACAGUCCUGACAGUGUUAGGGCCUCUGAGGUCUGAUCAUGAGCAAAGUUUUUUGGACCGGCUCCUGGCUGAUUCCAGAGGCUUUUUCUUCCCUUUUUGUUCUUUCUUUUAAAUCUAACAUCAAGGUUCCCAACUCAGCUCACGCCUCGGCACAGAGAACUGCAGUGCCUGACUGGGUGCUGCUCUAGUGAUGGAGAAGCUGCUGUCGGAGCUACUGAGGGGUGCUGUGUGCAUGGAAUCUUCUGAGGACGGCUCAUUUCCAGCACAGUUCCUCUGAGUUCAACUACAAACAGUACAAGGUCUUGCUUAAGCCAAGCCGUGGUGGCUUUGCCAGGAGGAUGGGUACCAUGCCACCUGCUUGUACCUGAAAUGUAAUUAUCUUUAGUUAUUUCCGUUGAUAUGUUUGUUCUUUAGUUAUCUCUGUUAUCAUUCACCUGGUGAUGGCUGUGAGAUGGUUUCAGCAGUUAUUUCCCAGGUUGCUUCUGUCUCUUGCCCAGGAGAUCCUCUGGAAGAGACCUUUAAAGGCUGUCAGGUCCUAUUCCUGUGCAAUGAACGGGGACACCCACAGCUCCAUCGUUGUGCAGAGCCCCCUUUGUGACCUUGGGAGAUAAAAGAAUUUUGCAGUAAAACUUAAAUGCAAGUAUUUGCCCUGCUGGCUUCCAGAACUUGAACUCCACUGGCCUUCAGAAGUUCAUUCCGCAACCCGCUGCCCGCAGCCUCUGAUAGCGGAAAUCUGUUUGAUAACAUGAACAUGGUGUGUGGACCUGGCUUCCCUUUCAAGCCGUGGCUGCCAUCGCCGCUAUCACACCUCGUGCGUUAUGGGAGUUCCGCAGCAUGAUCAAAUGCACCAUCCCAGAGAGCCACCCUUUCCUUAGAUUUGAUGACUACGGCUGCUACUGCGGCUUGGGUGGCAGUGGGACACCCGUGGAUGAGCUGGACAGGUGCUGCCAAGCCCACGAUGAAUGUUACUCCGCGGCAGAGAACAAGACCGUGUGCUCCUCCUUCCUGGACACCCCCUACACGGAGAUAUACAAGUACUCCUGCAAGAACGAGGAGAUCACAUGCAGCAGUGCCAACAACGAGUGCGAGAUGUUCGUGUGUAACUGCGACCGCACAGCCGCCAUGUGCUUCGCCAAGGCGCCCUACGACCCCGCUCACCACCGCCUGGACAAGAAGAAAUACUGCAGCACUUAAAGCGCAGCAUGGCUGCCAACAAUAAACGCCCCGCACCACG